AUGGCUCCUUCACCACUGCCUUCAAAUUUUCUCUCUGCUUCAUCGUCAUAUUCUUCUCAAUCUUUCUACUUGAUCAAACUUCACUCACAAGCCCAUUUUUCAAACAGAUUCCGUGUUCAAAAAUUGAAAUUUUCUUGCUCGCAUCAAUCCGUUCAACAAGAAACCAAUCCCGUAAAGAAGAAGAGAAAACCUAGGCCAAGCUUUAUUGAACAAAUUCAAGAUAAAUGGUCCCUCAAAAUCCCUUCUUUAAGAGAAAAAUUCCCUUGGGAAGAACAUGAACAAGAGAGUGAUUCUUCGAUUCAGGAAUAUGAAGAACAUGUGCUGCCGCUAUCUGAGGGUGUCGUUUCUGUGACAGUAAGUGAGAAGAAUACUUCUGGGGAUGGCUCGGUGAGCUCUAGUUCAAGAAAUAAGUCAAUUUUGGCUCCUUGGGUUCAUGGAAAUAAACCAAGAAAGGACUUGCCAGACUCUCAAGCUACAAGAAAUUUUCAAGAAGAAAGUGAGCAAAACCUUGAUGGGUUUUCUGAGCAUUGUAAAAAUGACGUUACCCCUAUAGGAUUAUCAGAAAAAAAUGACAUUUUGGUUGAAGAGGAGAAUGAAGAUGCCUUUUUUGUAGAGGAUUCACGGAGCAUUUCUCAAGAAUUCAGCAGCGAAAAAGGGUCAGAUGAUUUUAGUGAUUCUAUGAGAUUGCCAUGGCAGAGAGGAACUAAUGAAGACCCUGUGAAAGGGGAGAAGUUAAGGAAGAGCAAUACAGAGUUGGCUGAGAAGUUGAUACCGGAACCUGAACUGAAGAGGCUUAGAAAUGUGGCAUUGAGGAUGGUAGAGAGAAUGAAAGUUGGGGCAGCUGGAGUAACACAGGCAUUGGCCGAUGCAAUCCACGCGAAGUGGAAGGACGAAGAAAUCAUAAAAUUGAGAUUUGAAGGGCCUCCUUCAAAGAACAUGAAGAGGACACAUGAGAUUCUUGAGGCUAGAACUGGAGGUUUGGUUAUAUGGAGAUCAGGAAGUUCGGUAGUUCUAUACAGAGGAAUGUCGUACAAACUUGAUUGUGUACAAUCAUAUAGUAAACGAAUUCAAGCUGAUAUUGAAGCUAGAUCUUCAUCAGAUUUUGUUAAUGAUGUUACUCAAUGCAGUAAAGUGAAACCCUUAUCUGGAGCUGCAGAAUCAUCUCAAAAUUAUACUUCUAAGUAUUUGAAUAGUCUAUCUAAGGAAGAACUAAUGGAUCUAAGUGAGCUCAACCUUCUGUUAGACGAGCUUGGUCCGAGGUUCGUAGAUUGGUCAGGUCCGGAACCACUGCCUGUUGAUGCAGACUUGUUGCCUGCUGUUGUUCCAGGAUAUAGACCCCCAUUUAGACUUCUUCCUUAUGGGGUUAGACAAGCAUUACGGAACAAAGAAAUGACAUAUUUUCGUAGAACUGCAAGAAAGAUGCCUCCACAUUUUGCCCUUGGAAGAAACAGAGAAUUGCAAGGUCUUGCUAUGGCCAUGGUGAAGUUAUGGAAGAAGAGUGCUAUUGCAAAGAUAGCCAUCAAACGUGGUGUACAAAAUACUUUGAAUGAAAGGAUGGCAGAAGAACUUAAGAUAUUAACUGGAGGAACAUUACUUUCCAGGAACAAGGACUAUAUUGUUUUUUACAGGGGUAAUGAUUUCUUGCCACCUGGUGUUUCAUAUGCACUGGUAGAAGUAGAGAAAUGUGUAGCAAUCCAACACGAUGAUGAAGAACAAGCAAGGCAGAAAGCAGCAACAUCUAUCAUUUCAUAUUCCGAAGCAGCUAAGCAGCCUUUAGUUGCAGGAACCCUUGCUGAGACAACAGCCGCUUCCUCGCGCUGGGGUAACGAACGAAGCAGUGCAGAAAUAGAGAAAAUGAUGAAAGAUUCGGCUAUAGCUAGACGUGCUUCUUUGGUCAAGUUUCUUGAGAGGAAGCUAGCCCUUGCAAGAGGGAAGAUCAGAAUGGCUGAGAAGGCUUUACUGAAACUACAGGGAAAUAUGGAACCCUCUGAGCUACCAACUGAUUUGGAAACCUUAAGUGACGAGGAGAGGUUUUUGUUUCGUAAGAUCGGUCUGAGCAUGAAAACUUAUUUGCUUCUAGGGAGGCGAGAAGUUUUUGAUGGUACUAUCGAAAAUAUGCACUUACAUUGGAAGUAUCGAGAGUUGGUAAAGAUACUUGUAGACAGAAAAACAUUUUCACAAGUCAAGCAUAUUGCAGUUUCUCUUGAGGCUGAGAGUGGUGGGGUGUUAGUUUCUGUAGACAAAACUACCAAAGGCUAUGCUGUGAUAAUCUAUCGUGGAAAGAAUUACCAACGUCCUAGUGCAUUUAGGCCCAAAAAUCUUCUGACAAAAAGGCAGGCAUUAGCCCGCUCAAUUGAACUUCAGAGACGUGAGGGACUAAAGCACCAUAUUUCAGACCUGCAGGAGAAAAUGGAGAAGCUGAAGCUUGAGCUAGAAAAUAUGAAGACCGUAAGUGAAAUUGAUGAAGUGACCUUAUACUCAAGGAUAAAUAAUGCAUCUGAUGAAGAGGAUGAGGAUAUGGAAGAGGAUGAAGAUCAAAGGGUGUACCUUCACGCAAAUUACAGUAGUAAGGACAGCAGCGCGUGA